AUGGCUGGGGAGGAACUUGCUAGAAUGUUACAGAUCAUCACACAAAAACUUGAUUCGUGGGCGAGACUAAAGAAAAAAAUGAGAGACAAAUGGGUGAGUAAAGAAUAUGAACAAGAGCAGUACCUUAAGCUAACCCAUCUUUCACAAGACAACAUGAGUGUAGAGGAGUAUGUGAAAGAAUUUGAGAAAUUGUGUUUGAUUUGUGAUUUGCAUGAGAAAGAAACCUUUAAAAUCGCAAGAUUUAUAAAGGGACUUUCUAAGGGAAUUGGCAGGAAGGUCGAGGUUACUCACUACUCUACUUUCAAUGAUGUUUGCAAAUUGGCCAUGAAAUACAAAAUGCAUUUGAAGGAAGAAAAGCCUAAGCCAUCCUUUGGCUUCAAGAAUCCUUUGAGAUUUAACUCUUCUUACACUAAGGGGAGUACUUUUCAACACAAACCAUCAUCCUCUAGUCCAAGUAAGUUUGACAAGGGGAAAGAAAAGGCUGUAGUUUCUCAAAAUGAAUAUGCUACAAGAAGAAAGUGUUUUAGAUGUCAUGGAAGGGGGCAUGUUGCAUCCAAAUGUCCUAGCAAAAAUGUUCUGACCGCAACUCAAUAUGCUUUAAUGGAUGAGGAAGAUAAACUCUAUCCCUUCAUUGCAAAUGAGGAUGAAUGUGAUAACUUUGACGAUGAGUAUGAUGAGGAUAUACCACCAGAAAAUGAGAGCAAUAUGAUUGGAGUUAUGAGGAGAAUCUUGUAUACUGAGCCUAAGGGUGACUUAAGGCAAAGAAACAAUCUGUUUCAUAAUAGAUGCAAGGGUCGAGACAAGACUUGUAAUGUUAUACUUGAUGGCGGUGCCCAAACAGAUGUGAUCUCAUCCGAAGCUGUGAGUAAGUUGAAGCUUCAAACCAGGGAUCAUAAUGAGCCUUAUAAGUUGAAUUGGUUGAAUGAUGGAACCGGGGUUCGAGUCAAGAAGCAAGCCUUGGUUGCCUACUCCAUAGGUGGGUUUGAAGAUGAAAGAUGGUGUGAUAUUCUUCCAAUGGAUGCAUGUCACUUACUUCUUGGGAGACCUUGGCAGUUUGACCAUGAUACGGAGCACAAAGGUAAAUCGAAUGUAUAUGUUGUAACUACCAAAGAAGGCAGAAAAGUUAGAUUGUUGCCUUUACCUCGCAAAGUUGCUAAGAAAGAAAAAGAGAAAAGCAACUUCCUUGUAACUUAUAAUGAAUUUGAAAAUUUAGUGGAAGAAAAUGGGGGUAGGUAUGCUUUGGUUAUAAGGGCCAAAGAAGAAAAGGGUACUUCUUGUGAUAACUCAUCAUCCUUUAAUGAGUUAUUAGAAGAGUACAAAGAUGUUUUUCCGAAUGACUUACCAAAAGGGCUUCCACCACUUAGAGGCAUUGAGCAUGCCAUCGAUUUGAUUCCGGGGGCAUCCUUACCCAACAAGGCAGCCUAUAGAUGCAAUCCGGAAGAAAGUAAGGAACUUCAAAGGCAAAUUGAUGAAUUAAUUCAAAGGGGCUAUGUGAGAGAGAGCAUGAGUCCAUGUGCCGUUUCCGCUCUCUUAGUACCAAAAAAAGAUGGUACUUGGAGAAUGUGUGUUGAUAGCCGUUCCAUAGACAAUAUCACAAUCAAAUAUAGAUUCUCUAUGCCUAGAUUGCAAGACAUGCUGGAUGAGUUCAGUGGUGCGUUAAUUUUUUCCAAAAUAGAUUUAAGGAGUGGAUACCACCAAAUGAAAAUUAGGGAAGGAGAUGAGUGGAAGACGGCCUUCAAAACAAAACAAGGGUUAUACGAGUGGUUAGUGAUGCCAUUCGGGCUGUGCAACGCCCUAAGCUCUUUUAUGAGAUUGAUGAACGAAGUUCUCCGUCCUUUUCUGAAUAAAUUUGUUGUAGUUUACUUAGAUGACAUUCUUGUAUAUAGUAAAAACAAUGAGGAGCAUUUAAUUCAUUUGAGGAUGUUGUUUGGUAGGUUGAGAGGGCAGAAGUUGUAUGGAAAGCUAGAAAAAUGUACUUUCAUGACUCCUAGUGUUGUAUUCCUAGGAUAUAUUGUAACAGGAGAGGGGGUGCAUGUAGAUCCCGAGAAGGUCAAGGCAAUCCAAUCUUGGUUGGCUCCGAAGAAUGUGAAUGAGAAUAGAAGCUUUCAUGGACUAGCAUCAUUCUAUAGGAGGUUCAUUCGAAACUUCUCAAUCAUCAUGGCUCCCAUCACCGAAUUGACAAAGAAAGGAGAGUUCGAGUGGAAUGAAGUUGCCCAAAGGGCCUUUGAGAAGGUAAAGUUUCAACUUUGCAAUGCUCUGGUUCUUAUAUUUCCUGAUUUUAACAAGGUGUUUGAAAUGGAGUGUGAUGCAAGCGGGAUUGGGAUUGGUGCGGUAUUGAUCCAAGAAAGAAAACUAGUGAGCUAUUUUAGUGAGAAACUGAUGCAAUAA